UACAGAGUUUUCCCCUAGUUCCCGAUCAAACUUAUCUCAAUAUAAUCUCCGCAAAUCAUCACCCAGUCACAAUGCUGAUUAUUCCUCACUGCGGAGUGCAGCAUAUAAACGUCUUCAUGACCUAGAUCUUGAUUCUGUCAGUCUGAGUGAUUUCACCAGUAACUAUAGUAACAACUCUAGCUAUGGCAAUCACAAUAACCAUGGCAGCCAUAUUCUCUCUGACUACAAUACUCACCAUAGAAACAUGCCAUAUGAUCUCUAUCAAUCUUCACCUCUCUUAGUGCAAUAUUUAUCACAUAAUAGUAGGUAUUUUUUAUUUUAUUAAGCUUUUUCUUUUGACACCAAAAGUGUAUUUCUAAUCAAUUCCAUAUACAUUAAUAGUCCCAAAAGAUAUUGAUAUGUUGGAUUGUCGAUAGAAGUAAAUAUUUGAUGAAUAUAUUGUUUUCAUAUUUGAGUUAUUUUAUUUUCUGAUCAUUAAUGUAC